AUGAACACGAGAUCAAAGAAGCAGAAGUUGCAGGACAUUGGCGAUAUCGACAGGGUGUUGCGGGCGUUGGAGCUUGGUUCGGGUGCAGCGGUGGAUGGUGACUCUUCGUGCAACUGCAUGGGCCUCAGACAUCCUUUGAACGAGAUCAUCCCCAACUGCUUGAACUGUGGCAAGAUCAUCUGCUUGAAAGAAGGAUUGCGACCAUGCUCCUUUUGCCACGAGCCGCUAAUAUCCUUGGACGAGAAGUUGAAGAUGAUUGACAUCUUGAACACCCAAAAGUACUCGUUGAUGGAGAACAAGGGGAGCAGCAAUAGCCAGAAUACUGGCAAUGCUGGCAAAGGCGGCAAAAAAAAGAGCAUCAAAUUGUCCAUGGGGAAGGGAACCAAAUCGCUAUUCAAUCAGCAGGAUAUCGCGUUCAAACGAAUUGAAAAGCAAAACCAGUUGGAAAAGGCCAAACAGAACUUGGACAACUUACUAAACUACCAAAACACCUCAGAGGAAAGAACCAAGAUCAUCGACCAGGUAGCCGACUAUGGAUCCAACAAUACCAAUUCGCAUGCUUGGAGCUCUUCGUUGUCCACAUUGGAAAAAAUAUUACUAUUGAAAAAGCAACAGCAGAAUUUGAGAAAACAAAAACUACUAAGUGACAGCAACUCUGGCAGACCAAAACAAGUUCUCGAUCUAUCCAUUAAAAAUGGGAAAGUGAUCACAAGAUACCAAACUAAAGAAGCAGCCAGCAAUGAUAGCACAUACUAUGACUCAGACGACUUGGAAGACGUCAAAAUGAAGAAUGAAAUUGGGUCUUUGGAAACACAAAUCAAAAUCGAAAAUUUAAGCAGGCUAAAUGAAAGCUGCAGAAAAACAUGGAAUUACGAAGACGACCAGAAACAAUGGUUGCAGAAGAAAGAACAGUACAAGAAGAUUCUUUCAGAAGACAGCCACAGCAGCUCUGCUUUUGCUGUCUCUGGUGCUCCUGCUACUUCUGACGCAACUAACCAAAAAUUCAAAAGGCUUCAGCUCGACCCGCCCAGCUCUGCGGAUUCUGCUGACUCUGCAGAGAUCAGCAAAAGAAACGCUCCUGCGCAGCUUCUGGCGCUUUAA